UAUAUCUAUAUCUACUAAUAAUGAUGUUGAAUUGAUCUAUGAUGAUCUUCUCUGGUCAGAACCAAUAUUGAUUUACUCUUUACCUACAGUACCCAAUUCUUAUAUCGAUAAUGAUAAAGGCAGAAAGAGUUUCAAACUACUUAGAAAAUCUUAUAAUGGGGUUACAGGUUACAGAAAUUUGGAUUCAAAUAUGAUUGUUUCAUAUAACAAUGAACAUGACAAUUUUAAUAAUCAAUUAGAUAGUAUAGAAGAAAAAUAUAUUAAAAAAAAAUCAGCUUCCAAUAAACAUAUCAGAACAAAUCUGCCAGUUGCUUCUUUCUCAAAAGUGUCAAAAAAUGAUAAAUUAUCAAAUAAUCAAUUUUUAGAAGCCACUUCACAGAUCAAAUCUAAUAUCCUUGUCUCAGAUAAAGAUUCUAAUUUUACUGAACAAGAUAAUUGA